AUGGAGGAGGAGCAAGCCUCCGGGUGUACAGACACCCGAGCUUGCAGCCGACUCACCAAGCCCGACGCGGAGCAGCAGCAGCUGCUGCUGCAGCAGCAGCUGCAGCUGCAACAGCAGCAGCAGCUGCAGCUGCAACAGCAGCAGCAGCAGCAACAACAACACUUGAAGAAGCGCCUCUCUCCGCAGAGUGAGGCAGACCCCACCAGGAAACGCGCAGCAGCAGCAGCAGCAGCAGUUGCAGCAGCAGCAGACGCGACAACAGCAGCAGCAGCUGCACCAGAUGCGACGGAAGCAGCAACAGAGCCCUGCUCCCAGCCCGCUCCCCUACACUCUAGAGCAGCAGCAGCAACAACAGCAGCAGCAGCAACAACAGCAGCAACAACAGCAGCAGCAGCAACAACAGCAGCAGCAACAGCAGCAGCAGGAUCAGCCGCGCCUCUCAAGAAUGGCGAAUUAUUAGAGGGCGGGGUAGCACCCCCUGCUGCUGCUGCUGCUGCUGUUUCUCCUGCUGCUACUGCUGCUGCUGCGUCAGCUCUACGCAGGAACAACACGCUGCAAGCAGCAACGGCAGCAGCAAAUGUUGCUGGCCGUAGCAGCACAACUGAAGCAGCAGCAGCAGCUUCUGCUGCUGCCGCUCCUGAUGCUGUGGUCGGCGACAAUUGCUUAGGGUUGCUUCCAGGAGCAGCAGCAGCAGCAGCAGCAGCAAAUAGUGCAGCAGCGACAGACACAGCAACAUCACUGCGAGAUGGGGAUACGGAUAUUGCUGCUGCUGCUGCUGCUGCAGCAGCACCUGCCUCCAUUUUCUGCUGCCAGGCAUUAACCGGUGACCAUCCGGCAGCAGCAGCAGCAGCAGCAGCAGCGCCAACGGCAGCGGCAACUGCUGCAGCAGCAGCAGCACAGCAGGGAGGGGCAACGGCGGGACUUUCUGCAGCAGCAGCAGCACCUGCAGCUGAAGUAGUAGCAGCACCAGAAGCAGCAGCAGCAACUGCAGCAGACGCACCAGAAGCAGCAGCAGCAACUGCAGCAGAUACACCAGAAGCAGCAGCAGCAGCAGCACCUGGCAGUGCUGCUGAUGACGAUGACAAGCCUGUCGAAGUAAUUGAACUAGAAAGCAGUGACGAGGACUGGGUGGAGCACUGGCAGCGCCCCCGGCGCCGAGCAGCAGCAGCAGCAGCAGCAGCGCUUUCCGCUCUUGUCGCAGCAGAAGAAGACACAGCAGCAGCACCUCGUGCAGCAGCAGCAGCAGCAGCAGCAGCAGCAGCAGCAGACUUCAGGCCCCCCUCCAGUGUCUUGAGGCUUCGGGACCAACCAGCAGCAGCAGCAACUGCAGCACAUUUCAGGCUCAGCAGCAGCAGCAGCAGCAGCAGCAGCAGCAGAUUUUUGGAAUCUGAUGAUUCUGAGAGGCUGCCUGUCAAUCCUUUUCGGCUGCCAUUCUUCAUGAACCAAGACGACAGACGGGAAGCUGCUGCUUUUAUUGCCAGUGCAAUUCAACACCGCCACCUCUCCACGCCGCUGCUCUCUCCGGAGUCCAUGGGUCUGCUGCGCAUCGGCCGCAAACUAAACGACGAGGUGAUAAACUUCUUCUUUGCCCUUCUCCAGAGACGCAAUGAUGAGGCUUUGGCCCGGGGUGACAUGGUUCCCAAGUGUCACUUCUUUAACUCCUUUUUCGAUGAAAGGCUAAAAGUGGCUUCUUUCGAGGGCGUCAGCAGAUGGACAAAGAAAGUAGAUUUGUUCUCGCGCGACUUGCUGCUGCUGCCUGUACACCACAAGGAGCAGCAGCACUGGGCCCUAGGGGUUGUUGACUUCCGGUAA